AGAAAUCAGCCACCGCUUGCUCGUCAAGUCUCAGCGUGGGCCACUCCAGGGGCUCGCCAAGAUGCCAACCCUCGAUGUCAGCGAGCUUAAUAUUGUCUUGAGUGUGUUAGGCGCCUUCAUCCUGCUAUAUGGCAUCAUCUCCGUCUUGAUCAAGUGCAGAUGGUUCCUGGGAGAAGCCCUCCCCGCCGUGGCCAUUGGCGUCGCCCUCGGGCCCAUAGCAGCCCGGUUCAUCGACAGCACGCGAUGGGGCUCGGCGGCGGAGGGCCAGACGAGCGCCAUCACGCUGGGGAUGGCACGCGUGGUCAUCGGCGUGCAGCUGGUCAUCGCCGGCUUCCAGCUGCCGGCCAAGUACGGCAUGCGGCGGUGGAAGGAGAUGGCGCUCUGCCUGCUGCCCAUCAUGACCAUCAUGUGGCUCUGCACCACGCUCUGCCUGGUGGCCACCGUGCCCAAGGUCACGCUGCUCGCCGCCCUGGUCAUCGGCUCGUGCGUCACCUGCACCGACCCCAUCCUGUCGCAGGCCAUUGCCAAGGGCCCCUUUGCCGACAAGUUUGUGGCCCGCCAUCUGCGCGAGAUCAUCUCGGCCGAGGCGGGUGCAAAUGACGGCUUCGGGUUUCCCUUCCUCAUGCUUGCUGUUUACCUGAUCCGCCAUGCCAACAUUCCCGGCGCCGGCGACCACGGCAGUGGUGACGCAACGGCUGCGGCAACGGCUGCGGCUAACGCCACUGCUGCCGUCCUGCACGAACGAGGCUUUGAGCUCCUUGCCCGGGCCUCCGAAGGCGGUGUCGGUCGGCUCGGCGGCGGUGUCGGCGUGGCCUUGCAGAACUGGUUCGUUGAGACCUGGCUGUACAUUGUUAUUAUGUCUGUAGCAAUCGGUGCUCUGGUAGGCUUCCUGGCCGGGAAGGCGCUGAAGUUUGCACUUUGCAGGAAGUGGAUAGACUCAGAAAGCUACGUCUUGUACCCAACCGCCAUCGGUCUAUGGCUGGUCGGGGUCUGCGGCAUGCUCGGCACCGACGACCUCCUGGCCUGCUUCGUCGCGGGUAACGCCAUGAACUGGGACGGUGAGUAUCUCCGCGAGACCGAGGAGCGGCACGACGAGGUCAACUCGUCCAUGGACGUGCUGCUCAACUUCGGCGGCUUCAUGUACAUCGGCACCAUCAUCCCCUGGAGCGAGUUCCACCAGCCCGACACAACCGGCCUAACCUACGGCCGUCUCGUCGGGCUCGGCGUGCUGGUCCUCCUGCUCCGGCGCAUCCCGGCCAUCCUCCUUACCUACAAGCUCAUGCCCAUGGUCUGCAAGGACCUGAAGGAAGCCCUGUUCAUGGGCUACUUCGGCCCCAUCGGCAUCGGCGCCGUCUUCUACGUCGAGCACACGCGCCACCUCUUCCCCGAGCUCGGCCACGGCGACGCUGAGGAAACGGACCUCGUGCGCGUCAUGGUCCCCGUGGUGUACUGGCUGGUGCUUUUCUCCAUUGUCGUGCACGGGCUGUCGAUCCCCGCGCUCAACCUCAUCUACCGCUUCUGCGGCGUGCAGCCGAUCCGGGAAGAUGCCGUCGAGCUACGUCGGAAGUCGAUGCGCGUGCCGACCCCGGUGAACGCCACCGUCGGUGACACCGACACGUUCAUCGCUUAUAACCGCUUUUCGAGGCCCGUCUUUGACAGGGAGGAUCUCCCUGUUAUUAACGAGCGGGACACUGACGAGUACUCGCUCGACGAAAAGCCGCGGAUCCAGAGACGGUAUUCGAGAGCCGUGCUCGUAUGA